GCCUUAGAAGGACCCAAGCGCCUUCGCCUUAGUCGUUUUUACCGUUGCCUGCGAAAAGUGCUUAUUUGUGGGACUUAUUUUUGAUAUUUCCCACUACCACCAAACAUUGAGACUAGAACGGAAGGUGCUUCGGGAACAAGUCGUGGACGCCGAGCGUUUUAGGUCCAGUAGGCACCCACUCGGGCAGCUCGUGCCCGACGGUUCCUUCUCUCUAGGUUCCACGGCCUCCAGCAGCGGCCGCCAAUGGGCUUCGCCCAAUAGCUGAGGGGGCAGGGCUAGUCCUUAAAGGAGCCGCAACUUCUGAGCCCACCAUAGAGUGACCCGGGUGAUGGCGGCCGGCGUGGCCCUAGUCCUUGCCCUUGCCCUGUGGCUACUACUGCCGCCCGUGGGGGUGGGGGUGGGCGGGGCAGGACCUCCUCCGAUCCAGGAUGGCGAGUUCACGUUUCUGUUGCCCGCGGGUAGGAAGCAAUGUUUCUACCAGUCUGCGCCAGCCAACGCAAGCCUCGAGGCCGAGUACCAGGUGAUCGGAGGUGCGGGGCUGGACGUGGAUUUCACGCUGGAGAGCCCUCAGGGUGUGCUGUUGGUCAGUGAGACCCGCAAGGCGGAUGGGGUGCACACGGUGGAGCCAACGGAGGCGGGGGACUACAGGCUGUGCUUCGACAACUCCUUCAGCACCAUCUCGGAGAAGCUGGUGUUCUUUGAGCUCAUCUUUGACAGCCUGCAAGAUGAUGAGGAGGUGGAGGGCUGGGCAGAGGCCGUGGAACCCGAGGAGAUGCUGGACGUCAAAAUGGAGGACAUCAAGGAAUCCAUCGAGACCAUGAGGACCCGGCUGGAGCGCAGCAUCCAGCUGCUUACGCUGCUGCGGGCCCUGGAAGCGCGGGACCGCAACCUGCUAGAGGGCAACCUUGAGCGGGUCAACUUCUGGUCAGCGGUCAACGUGGCGGUGCUGCUGCUGGUGGCCGUGCUGCAGCUCUGUACCCUCAAGCGCUUCUUCCAGGACAAGCAUUCCAUCUGCGCAUAGCUCCGCCCGGAGGAGCCCUGAAGAUGGAGGGCCACGCACCUGUGCGACGGGCCCCCCGAGCUGUGCAGAGUGCCCCUGCCUUGUAGGCCUGAGCCCCCCUCGAGGGGCAGAAAGUGCGUGCUGCUGCGGCAUCAGGGUGUGGCCGAGGUGCUUCCUGGCGCCCCAGACACGUGCCUUCGCUGUUCUUGUGGUUCUGGGGACUGAACCCAGGGCCUUUGCACUGAGCUACGUCCUUAGCCAUUUCUGUUUCUUGGGACAGGGUCUUGCUAAGUUACCCAGACAGGGUUUGAACUUGCCAUGCCCUGCCUCACCUCCCAGAGUGCUGGGGUGACGGCCCGCUUCCAGGGCCUGGCGUCACCACACCUGGCCUUAGCGCACGUCUUCCAGUGACGUCAGCACUGCCCUGGAAGGGCCAGGGGGUGACUCAGCCCACCCUCCCUGCCGGACUCUCCACACCAGGUACAGCCGGAGGAGCACCCUGCUUGAGGGCUCCUGGCCUGGGCUGGAAGGAGGCGACAGCGGCAGUGUUCUUGCCAGGAGAGUGAUUUUAUUUGACAGGAAGGGGCCCUAGCUCCUCAGCCCAGUGAGUAGCCAGCUGGGCAGGAGGUCUGCAGACAGCUGCAGGGGGGACCUACAGGACUGUCCAUCCUCUUCCUGCCCUCAAGGGUGCCGAGAGGCUGCCUGGCCACACCCCACAGGCAGGAGCCUCAAAGAGAGAGGCUGGUCACGCCUGGGUGCUGCAGUCAAUAAAUUAUGGUCAGAGAAA